AUCUCCGCGCUCAGAGGAUUCCCACCGCAGUUUUCAGCAGGACACGAGGACUGGAAUCGGCACUCGUUCAUUUCAUCCCUCCAUUUCCACCUUUCCUGUGUGUUUCUUUCAGCAGACGACUGAAUGAGGGACUGAGCCGAGCAUCUGGAUGUUGUGAAGGUCUCAUCUGUAUUCAUCACACACUGCCUGAGGAGAGAGGAGGAAGAGAAGAGAAGAGGAAAGAAGGAUGAGGAAAAGUCGUAGUGUGCUGGCAGUGACGCCUGACGAGAGCAGGGAAAUCCCAGCAUGCACCGGUGCCACACUCGGCUCCGAGCUGCGUCGAUGCUACCGCCGUCACUCAGGGACGCUCACUUUGCCACCGUUGUCAUGGCGUCAAGCCGAAAGGACCAGGAGUCCUGAGGAAGACCUGGUGAGCCGGCCGACCUCGCUGCCCUUCUUCAACCCGCCGCGCAUAAACAUCACACCGGUACCACCCGAGAGUCUGGAGGCUGAGAACGGUCUGUGCAGUCCUGUGGAGCUCCAGGUUUCUCCUGGUUCUGCGUUGGUUCUCCCUCAGGGUCAGCGCAGAGAGUCGUUCCUGUAUCGCUCCGACAGCGACUACGAACUCUCGCCCAAAUCCACCUCACGCAACUCCUCCAUCAUGGGAGAACUACACGGGGAGGAUCUCAUCGUCACUCCGUUUGCUCAGGUCCUCGCCAGUCUGCGUACGGUCCGGAGUAACUUCAGUGUUCUGACCAACGUACCUGGACCCUCCAGCAAGAGGUCUCCGGUUAGCAUGCAGCCUCCGCUAAACAGAGCCUCGCUAUCAGACGAGUCGUAUCAGAAGCUGGCCUUGGAGACCAUGGAGGAGCUGGACUGGUGCCUGGACCAGCUGGAGACCAUCCAGACACACCGGUCCGUCAGUGACAUGGCCUCCAACAAGUUCAAGAGGAUGUUAAACCGUGAGCUAACACACCUGUCAGAAAUGAGUCGCUCUGGGAACCAGGUGUCCGAGUUCAUCUCCAACACCUUCUUAGACAAACAGAAUGAGCUGGAGAUCCUGUCGCCUCCUCCCAGGUCUCGGGACAGGAAGAGAAAACAGCUACAGCAGCCGCUCAUGACUCAGAUCAGUGGGAUGAGGAAGGUCACACAUGGACCAGGCAUCUCCAGCAGCUGUAGCGUGGCCCGAUUUGGAGUCAAGACCGACCUGGAAGAUCUGCUCGCAAAGGACUUGGAGAACAUCAACAAGUGGGGGUUGAACAUCUUUAGAAUUGCCGAGCAUUCCCAUCAGAGGCCGCUCACCUGCGUCAUGUACGCCAUCUUCCAGGAGAGAGAUUUGAUGAAGACCUUCAAGAUCCCAAUGGACACCUUUGUGACCUACAUAAUGACCCUGGAGGACCACUACCACUCGGACAUGGCUUACCACAACAGCCUGCACGCGGCCGACGUGGCCCAGUCCACGCACAUCCUGCUGUCCACACCCGCUCUCGAGGCGGUCUUUACGGAUUUGGAGAUUCUGGCAGCCAUCUUUGCAGCAGCGAUCCAUGAUGUGGACCACCCGGGGGUCUCCAACCAGUUCCUGAUUAAUACCAACUCGGAACUGGCGCUCAUGUACAACGACGAAUCUGUUCUUGAGAAUCACCACUUGGCCGUCGGCUUCAAGCUCCUACAAGGAGAAAACUGUGACAUCUUUCAGAACCUGUCGAAGAAACAGAAGCAGAACCUUCGCAAGAUGGUCAUUGACAUGGUCCUAGCGACCGACAUGUCCAAACACAUGAGCUUGCUGGCGGAUCUAAAGACCAUGGUGGAGACCAAGAAAGUGACCAGUUCAGGAGUGUUGCUGCUGGAUAACUACACAGACAGGAUACAGGUCCUGCGCAACAUGGUCCACUGUGCCGAUCUCAGCAACCCCACCAAGCCAUUAGAUCUCUACCGUCAGUGGACAGACCGCAUCAUGGAUGAGUUCUUCCACCAGGGAGACCGUGAACGAGAGCGCGGCAUGGAGAUCAGCCCCAUGUGCGACAAGCACACUGCUUCGGUCGAGAAAUCCCAGGUGGGAUUCAUUGACUACAUCGUGCAUCCGCUGUGGGAGACGUGGGCGGAUCUGGUGCACCCGGAUGCCCAGGACAUCCUGGACACUCUGGAGGAGAACCGAAACUGGUACCAUAGCAUGAUCCCUCAGAGUCCUUCUCCUCCAUUCUAUGAAGUCGAAGGAGAUAAGUUCCAAUUUGAGCUGGAAGGAGACGAUGGAGACAAUAUUCACCAUGAAGGACCUUCAGACACAUCUGACAUGGACAUAGCUCCUUGUUCUUCGCCAGCGGAGACGUAGCAUUCCACUACAUCGACUGUGUUGGUUUAUCUCAUGCAACGGAGCUCAACAGAACUUCUUCGAGUGUAGAAGUUAUUUUGAUCUGACCGGCCCAGAGGCUGCUUUCUUGCAGACCGUGUAUCUGGAAGGUAAAGAUACAGUAGGAAUCCUCAUAGCUGGAGUUUGCAGAACUCGACUAGCAGGUUCUCGUGCGGUUUGCUGGCACUGAAGCAGGAACUGAGCAGAACCUUGAACUUGAACUUCAGCGCCAGUACGGGACGCUAUGAAAGAGAACUACUGACUAAUGAUCCGCAUGGAGUUUUUUUCUUCUGCAAAAAUAGACACACUUGUUUUUUUUUUAAACCCGUGUGUAUUUUGCAACGUUUGUUUAUAGUAAACACAUCAGAACCCGCAUACACAUUUAACAUGAAGGGAUCGUUUUUCUAAAGCGUGAAGAAAAAAGACCUGCGUUUCCUCCAGGAAAUGUUUUGAUCACUCUUAUGGGAAAAAAGAGGCGGGGCAGCGCCGGUUUGCGGAAAACAACCUGUUGGUGAUCUACACGUUUUCUAGAAGUCCAUAAGAGACUGUGAUAUUCACUGUGUUAAGCUUUUACUAUCAUUUUGUAUUAAAACAUGGUACGUGUUUUAGAUGAAACCCGAAAUGAAAAGCACUUUAAUGCUGACACUGAGAACACUUUAGGACGAGGGGAAAAAAACAACACACUCAUUUUUUUCCUGUAAAAGCUGAGUUCGGCUAAAACCCUGCUCCAGCACAGCUGAUUGAAGAAACCUGACGCAAUAUGUCACCGUCACGGCGAUGAGCGCCGACGUCAAUGCCCCUCGUUUCUCAGUAGAGUCAUGCAUAUACAGGAUGUGGUAGGAAUGGCAUCCUGAGAGUGAGCGCUAGUCUCCUGCAGCAGGGCGGCAUUGCGGCUGCUGCGGCGCAAUCGAGCCACGAAGGCAACCGAGAAAAAAAACCAAUACCCAGAACUGACAUUUGCAUUGCGACUUCCUGCAGAUGCACUGAAUCUCACUCCAGCUGUUCGUUCCUUAAACAGCACUGAAGAAACAUGUGGAACGUACCUGGUUUGUUGUCACCACUCCGUGGUAUUGAGGUUGUGUUGCUACACCGUCCCACACUGUGAUGUCUUGGUGUACCGUGUUACUGGCCAAAGACUUAAUUAAAACAUUUUGAAAAGA